AUGUUCUAUCAGGCGCUUCUAUUGGCAAUUGAGGAGAAAAAAGUGGCGGACCCCGAAUUGCACGAGCCUUUUGAAAUCGAUAAUGCUGUGGAAGCCUCUAUAAAGAUCGAAAAGUGCCUAUUCGAGCAGCACGGAAACCCCUCAAAUGAUGCAUACAAAAAGGCGUUUCGGUCAAAAUAUUUGAAUCUAAAGGAUAAAGCCAACCCUGGGCUUCGAGGCCAGAUUCUAAGCGGUGACAUAUCCCCGAGCGAUUUUAUCAAAAUGUCGCCAUCUGAAAUGGCAUCCGAAGAGAGGAGAAAAGAAGACGACAGAAUUAACAAGGAAAAUCUUCUGAAGGCAAGGGCAGCCAAAGAUAACGAGUCCGAAACCGACAUGUUCCAAUGUAGCCGUUGCAAACAAAGGAAAUGCAAAUAUUUUCAAUUGCAGACAAGAAGUGCCGACGAGCCGAUGACUACUUAUGUCACCUGCAUCCAUUGCGGGCACAGAUGGAGAAUGUAG